CCAUCAGGAGACGUCCACUGCACCCGCUUCGCGAGCCCACUGGGAAUCGCAGAGCAGCAUAAUUGGACUGUCACGUCUCUGCGGCGCCAACCAGGGAUCCCCCUCGAUAUUGCUAUAGAUCCAUCGCAGGAUCUCCUAGCUGUAUUGUUCCUCAAUCGUGAUGCUCGAUCCGUGUUCCUCUCGCUCAGGUCUCUAUCUAAUGGGAAAGCGCACCGUCUCGCCUCGGAGCCUUCAAUCGAUAUCGACGGCGGCGACCUGUUCCCAUCCUAUCGGCUGUUGAUUCAUGGCGAUCACAUUCUUUAUCUGCAUAACGCGUUCCAUUUCUACGUCUGUGGGUUGUUGUGUUGGAAGAAGGGUGCAUUCAUUGGUGAGUGCAUCCGAAACCCAUCAAUCCCCUCGGACAAUAUGGCAGUUUUUCUUGACGAUGCUCGCAUGAUCUUUGUCGGCUACGAUGACAAGUUCCUCCAUGUCUACGACUACUACACCGCGUCUCACUUCCCGAACGGUAGUCGCGAGGCUGCCACCUUGGAGAUAGUGCCCCCAGAUACUACAUGGCUCAUACGCACCAUCUCCAUCACCACUCCGUCGCUCGCUCCGAAUACGCCUUUCUGCCGUUUGGACCCUCGGCAGUAUAUCUACGUGAUCAGGCUGGUCGUUGCGACAGAUGGACUCGAGAACAAGCACAUUUUCAUCUUCGUCCCGCGAGAUCCGAUCGUCGCUUGCGCCGAGCUUUUCAGAAGAAACAAGCAUCCCCGUCACUUCGGCUGGGAGGAGUGGGCUUCGGGAGUGCAGAUCAUCGAGCGCAGUGGUUGCCUUCCUGGCCCCUCGUACGGCAUCUCGGGGUCACGGAUCGUGCUAGGCCGCAUCCUCGAGGGGGACGAGCUGGAGCUGGAGUUCCUGGAUUAUGAUAUAAAGGAAGUUGGCUCUCUGACGUACCGCCCGUCAACACCUCUCGGGAUGGACGCCUCCGGAAACGCCAAAAGUAACCAAUAUGCCGCCUCGGUGCGGAUCAAGACUCGUACGACUCGCAUACAUCUUCCGGUGCAGGGCUUUCUCGUGCGCUCCGUGGCGGCCUGGGAGAAUGGCAUUAUCAUUGAGACG